AUGGCCUACACCCCUCCUCACUUGGACCCGUCUAUCCCGCCCAGCAGGGACAAUGGCUACCUCGAGACAGACAGUAGCCAUUUCGACCCGUCUGCUAAAUUUGGUGCACCCGUCGGCGCCUCGACGCCAAAUCCGUACGCGCACGAACCGACGACCGGCGCUCUGGGAUAUGAGCCUAUGGGAUUCAGCCAAGAGAAGCCUGUCAAGCGAGAAAGGUCUUGCAUCCCGACCAAUCCCACCAAACGCAGACUCCUCUUUUUCGGUGUACCGCUUUUGCUCGUUAUCGUAGCGGCGGUUGUCGUCGGGGCUGUGGUAGGGACGCAGAAAAACAAGUCGAGCAAUUCUUCUUCGGGUGGAUCUUCGGGUUCUUCGGACAGCUCUGGGAGCGGAAGUGAUAGCAGUGGAAGCGGUAGCUCAGAUGGAAGCAGCUCGCAGGAUACUUGGAGCUCAUACAUCACGACUGGAUCUGGUGGCGAUGGAUCUACCGCAACUUCUGAUCUUGGCAACGAGUUCACCUAUACCAAUGAGUUUGGUGGCACAUGGUCUCAGAACCCGUACGACCCAUAUUCUGUCUCUGGUCAAGCUCAGAGUUUCAGUCCGAGCCUCUUAGAGGAUUGGAAAUGGGGCGAGCACGUGGUUAGAGGCGUCAACCUCGGUGGCUGGCUGGUCACGGAGCCCUUCAUUGUCCCCGGCCUCUACGAGCGAUACCAGAACACCACCCCCAAAGCUAUCGACGAAUACACUCUUUCCCAGGCUAUGGGUGAUAAUCUGGCCACCGAGAUGGAAGAGCACUACAAAACUUUCAUCACCGAGGAAGACUUUGCUUUGAUCGCUGGUGCUGGUCUCAACUAUGUCCGCAUCGCGCUUGGCUAUUGGGCUGUAGAGACUAUCGAUGGCGAACCAUACCUUCCCAAAGUGUCCUGGACCUACUUUGUCAAAGCCAUCGGCUGGGCCCGAAAGUACGGACUCCGUAUCUUGGUCGACUUUCACUCUCUCCCUGGUUCUCAGAAUGGUUGGAACCACUCUGGUAAAGGCGGUUCUGUCAACUUCUUGUACGGUGUUAUGGGUAUCGCCAAUGCUCAGCGAUCGCUUGAGACUGUGCGAUCUAUCACAGAGUAUAUCUCGCAGGAUGGUAUCAAGGAGGUUGUGACUAUGAUUGGACUUGUGAAUGAGGUCCAAGGAUACGUGGUUGGGCAAGACGUGCUGGCUGCCUACUACUACCAAGCAUACGAGCUUAUCAGGGGUAUCACCGGCUAUGGUGCUGGAAACGGUCCCAUUAUCCUCAUUCAUGAAGGCUUCCGUGGUGUUGCCGCCUGGUCAGGAUUCUUGUCUGGUGCUGAUCGACUCGGCCUCGACCAACAUCCCUACCUCGCCUUCGCCACCCAGACUACUGACAACCACACUGUCCAAGCCAAGACUGUUUGUAGCUGGGGUGGUGGUACCAACGACUCUUCUACGCAGUUCGGUAUCACCAUCGGCGGAGAAUGGUCCAACGCCAUCAACGACUGCGGCCACUGGCUCGACGGCGUCGACUCCACACCCCAGUACGAAUCCACCGGUACCGGCAGCUGCACUUUCUGGGAAGAAUGGUUCAACUGGUCCGACGCUACCAAGGAAAGUGUCAAGGAAUACACCAUGGCCAACAUGGAUGCGCUCCAGAACCACUUUUUCUGGACGUGGAAGAUUGGAAACAGUACCGAGAAGGGAUACGCGACGAGUCCAAUGUGGCAUUACAAGCUUGGAUUGGAGCAGGGGUGGAUUCCGAAGGAUCCCAGGGUUGCUGGAGGGUAUUGUCAGGGGGUUGGCAUUGGCGGUAAUCAGUUCGAGGGAACUUACCCAUCAUCCGCUAUCGGCAGUUUCGCCUCUACUGCCACGCCCACCAUCGCCGCUGUUGAACUCGCCUCUCACUCCGCCUGGCCCCCGACUGCUCUCGGUCCCUCGCCUUCAUACUCUGCCGUUCAAAUCUCGCUCUUCCCGACACUGACGCAGACAGGCACGAGGAAUGUGUUGGCGACGGCGACGCAUCCUGCGAAUGUGACGCUUGGCGGUGGAUGGGUGAAUGCAGCUGAUACCACUGGGGCGUGGGUGCGAGUGAAGGGGUGUGAUUAUCCCGAGUGA